AUGAGUGUUGAGAUUGACGAUAAAGAAAUUGCAAUGGCUGUGUUGAAUGGCUUGCCUCCACGAUUCGAUAACUUGAUUGUUGCACUUGACGCACUUGGCAAUGAGGAUAAAGUGUUUGGACUCGAUUUUGUGAAGAGUCGUCUGCUGCAAGAGGAACAACGAGAGAGCAUGAAGACCGCUUCUACUACUUCACCCCACGCACCUGCACUUGUCAAUCGCAUGCCUAUUCGACGUGAUAUGAGAUGUACGAACUGUAAUCGACAUGGACACACCGCAGCACGUUGCUGGGGCAAAGAUGUGAAUGGGCGCCGACCAGCACCGCCAGACGGGUUCCGGUCCCGCAACCCCGGCAUGAAGCCAAGUGCAUUCAAGGCAGUGAACGCAGGGUCAUGGCUUGUGGAUUCCGGUUGCAGUGCCCACAUUACAUUUGAUCGCUCUUUGUUCGUUACUUAUGAACAGAUGCAAUCUGGAGCAGUCGAGAUGGGCACGAAGGCUAGAGCCAAUGUCGCUGGUCGUGGUGAGGUAGAAUUCAUGUUGAACGUCAAUGGUAGUCCACAUCCUUGCAAAUUGUCCAACGUUUUGCAUGUCCCUGAUUUCGGAUACUCGCUUCUGUCUGUUAGCCAAAUGACGCUACAUGAACGAAUGGCCCAUGUUAACGUACAAGGAAUCGCAUCAAUGAUUCACAAUAAUGUGGUAAGUGGCAUCAAUCGAUCAUCGUCUCGAGCACAGAACUGUCUUGACUUGGUACAUUCUGACGUUUGCGGUCCGCUCGAAGUACAGUCCAUUGGUGGUUCGAGAUACUUCAUUACAUUUGUAGAUGAUCACUCGAACUGGGUUGUUCACCAGCUCACCACUGCCUACACACCUGAACAAAACGGUGUUGCUGAACGUUUAAAUCGAACCUUGAUUGAUCUUGUCCGUUCCAUGCUUUCUCAUAAACAGGUCAUUAACACGACUCCCCAUCACAUUUGGAUGAAGUCAACUCCAAAUGUUGGCCAUUUGAGAGUAUUUGGGUCAAAGUGUUGGUAUACAUUACCGAAAUUAGAGCUCCGUAAGCUUGACUUGCGAGCGCGUGAAGCGAUGUUUCUCGGUUAUUCGCAAUGCAGUAAAGCAUACAAACUUUGGGACGGAGAGUUGAGUAAAGUUGUUGUUUCACGAGAUGCCAAGUUUGAUGAAUCGACAUGUGGGAUGCAUGACAUUCCUGCACAUGAAAAAGAUUCAAUCAGCUCUGACGUUGGCGUUGUAUUGCUCGGUGGCGACAAUGAGAAUGAAGCCGAUACCCCAAAUACUAAUGAGGUUGGGUCGGAAGAGGAUGAAAUUUCAGGGGAGGUUAUUGAAAACGAGGACACUCACUCUGUAGCUGCUCCUCUUUCACAUGCGCAUGUCGCUAUUGAAGGUCCCAAGACUUUCAAACAAGCAACCCACGGUCCUAGAGCUGCAUUCUGGCAAACCGGCAUUGACAAAGAACUUGCAUCACAGACUAAGAAUCAGACCUGGAAACUUCAAGUGCAAGGUCUUGACUAUACUGAGACAUAUGCCCCUGUCAUAAAGUUUACGACUAUUCGUCUACUUCUUGCCUUAGUUGCUCAUUACGACCUUGAACUUCAUCAGAUGGAUGUCGUGACUGCGUUUUUGAACGGCGACUUGGAUGAAGAUAUCUACAUGGAGCAACCCGAAGGCUGCGUUGACAAAAGCAAAAGUGAUCAUGUGUGUAAACUUUUGAAAGCACUUUACGGUCUUAAACAAGCACAUCGUCAAUGGCAUACCAAAGUGGAUGAUUUCUUACUCGGUGAAUUGGGAUUUGAGACUUCACGUAGUGAUCUGUGCCUCUACAUUAAACGCAUUGGUAACACUAUCAUGCUAAUUGCACUUUAUGUCGAUGACUUGUUACUCGCUGGUAGUGAUAUCCAUGCCAUGAAAUGGAUGAAGGGGGAGCUUAACAAACGGUUUGAGAUGAAAGACCUUAGUGAGGCAAAAGUCUGCAUUGGUCUUGAGAUUCAAAGAGAUCGCACUAUCAAGACAUUGAGUCUCACUCAAACUAAGUAUGCAUUAAAUGUGCUUGACCGUUUUAAAAUGUCGACUUGUAACCCUUCUCUGACUCCAAUGGAACAAGGUCGCAAAACCACGAAUUCUAUCGAAAACGACUCCGAAACAAAGGCACCGUAUCGUGAGGCAGUCGGUUGCCUGAUGAACUUGAUGGUUGGCACUCGUCCAGACUUGGCAUACGCCAUUGGAAAGCUUUCCCAACAUUCUGCCAACCCAUGUGAAUCACACUGGGCAGGUGUAAAACGAGUAAUGCGAUACGUGCAAGGGACUCGAAACUUAGGAAUCGUGUUUGACAAUAAAUCCAAAUCGCCGAAUUUGCUCGGUUUCAGUGAUGCUGACUGGGCCGGUUCUAUCAGUUGGAGUUCCCGGAAACAGACUGUGGUUGCGACUUUGACGUGUGAAGCUGAGUACAUUGCACUAUGUGAAGCGUGUAAGGAGGCGACCUGGUUGCGUCAAGUUGUUGCUGAUGUCCUCGGACUUGAUUCUGAUCCCACGAUCAUGAUGGGGUGUGACAAUGCAGGGACGAUUUCGUUUGCACAGAAUGAAUCGAUCAACCGUCGCAACAAACAUGUUGAUGUAAAAUACCACUACGUACGAGAUGCUAUUAAGAGAAACAUUGUGUAUUUGUCGCAUUGUCCGACCACUUCCAUGCCUGCCGAUAUCUUAACCAAAGCACUUGGGCGAAUUCUAUUCCAGAAGUUUGUAGAACUUCUGGGGCUUGCAGUGUCCAGUAAAAGCAUGUGA